CUCCACAUCAAUAUUUAUCCGCAAACUUGAAACCCUUGUUACGCCGCUCUUACAAUUUCUCCUUCCGAAGCUUCUCUACUUCAAAAAAAAAUGGCUGCAAAUGGCAUAGCUUCCUCUGCUCUCUUCUUCCGCGUCAAAAAGCUCUCUGAUAACGCUGUUCUGCCCUCCAGAGGCUCUCCUCUCUCUGCUGGUUAUGAUCUAUCCAGUGCAACAGAGAUGAAAGUGCCUGCCAGGGGAAAGGCUCUAGUACCUACAGAUCUUAGUAUUGCCGUUCCUGAAGGAACAUAUGCCCGUAUAGCUCCAAGAUCAGGAUUGACCUGGAAGCAUUCUAUAGACGUUGGGGCAGGUGUGAUAGAUGCGGACUACAGGGGACCCGUUGGAGUAAUACUUUUCAACCAUUGUGAUGUUGAUUUUGAAGUUAAAAUUGGUGACAGAAUAGCUCAAUUGAUCAUUGAGAAAAUCAUCGUGCCAGAAGUUGAGGAGGUUGAUGAUCUAGACCCGUUGGAGUAAUACUUUUCAAC